CGUCCAGGCCACGCUCAACACGAUGGACGUGCCCCUCGUCUGCGACUACGGCUCGGGCUUCAGCAAGGUGGGCUUUGCGGGCAUGGAAACCCCCCUGGCCGUGUUCCCCACCCUCCUUGGGAAACUUCGACACGACAAUCCGCUGGUGGGGAUGGGCGAGGAGGACUGGUUCCUCGGAGACGAGGCUCAGCAUAAGCGAGGGGAACUUAGCCUGCAAUAUCCCAUCUCCCGGGCAACCGUCACGAACUGGGCCAACAUGGAGAAGAUCUGGCAUCACUCCUUCUACCAGGUGCUCCGCGUCGCCCCGGAACAGCAUCCUCUCAUGGUGACGGAGCCGCCUUUAAACACAAUGUCCAACAAAGAGAAGAUGUUACAGAUCCUGUUUGAGACCUUCAACGUGCCCGCCUUGUACUUAGCCAACCUGGGAGUCCUUUCUCUAUACGCCUCCGGCCAGACCUCCGGAACAGCCAUUGAGUCUGGAGAAGGAAUGACGUACUUUGUGCCCAUCAUUGAUGGCUGUCCUUUGCAUCAGUCAACCAUCCAGAUGGACAUGGCAGGCCAAGACCUAACCUCGUAUCUCCUGCAACUACUGACAGACGGUGGGCACUCGUUGGUGAGCACAGGUAGGAAAUUGCCACUCUUGUCCAGGUGA